CCGGCCCGCCCCUCCAGGUGCGAGGUGGAGCAGGAAGCGGCGUUGGCGGUGCCGGAGGGGACCCGCGCCUGCCUCGGCGCCGGGUCCAUGCGGGGAAAUGGCGGCGGGCCAGGCGCUGGCCGCGCUCCUGGCCGCCCUCCUGGCCGUCUCGGCGCAGCUUCUCCCGCCGCAAGCUUCCUUUGCAAUCUUUCUUCGUAAAGUGGACAACACCACAGUUACAAUUAAACCGAAACCUGGUGUUUCACCAAACUGUAAAAUGCGCAUUAAAAGUGCCUUCGGGUCUGAACUCAACAUAAAGCCUGGGGAGAAUGUGACUUUUACUUUCACUUGUAGUACUCCAGAGAAGUAUUUCAUCAUGGAAAUUCGGAAAAAUAUUGACUGUGUGUCAGGCCCAUGUCCCUUUGGAGAUGUUUAUCUUUACCCAAUGCAGCUGCCCCGCCUUAACAGGACUUACAUCUGGGACGUGAAGGCAAGUACAAAAGCUGGACUCGAACUAAAAUUUUCUGCCCCGUGGCUAAGGCAGAUUGAACCAGGAGAGACAUGCUCAGAUUUCAUUAGCUACAACAUCAACAGCUGUAUUGAUAACGCCUUGGUCAGCAUUGGCACCUUCUGCAGGAAUGGCUCAGUGUCUCGCGUCAAGUUGCUGGGAGGAGUUGUCAUGUCUCUGCACCUCCCAUGGGACUCGCCCCUCACCACCUCAGGCUUCAGCAUAGCUAACAGGACUUCCAUAAAAAGGUUAUGCAUAAUUGAAUCCAUUUUGAAGGGGGAGUCUUCCAUCACCCUGAUGUCCCCCAACUACCCACUGGGCUUUCCAGAAGAUGAACUCAUGACGUGGCAGUUUGUGGUUCCUUCAAGCAUGAGAGCAAGUGUGUUUUUCCACAACUACAGCCUCUCCAACUGCGAAAGGAAAGAGGAGAGGGUAGAGUACUACAUCCCUGGCUCCCUCAGCAACCCGGAGGUGUUCAAACUGAGUGACAGCCAGCCUGCCAAUAUUGCUGGCAGUUUCAACAUGUCCCUGCAGGGCUGUGAUCAGGAUGCCCAGAACCCAGGCAUCCUUCGCUUGCUCUUCCAAGUCAUCGUUCAACAUCCGCAGCUUGAUGAGAAUGUCACCCAUUUGGUUGACCUGAGCAAGGAGCGGAACAUGACUGUGACCAUACACUUCGAAGGGUGGCCUGGCCGCAUCCCACUCAUGUCUGAACCCGUAUGCUUGAUCUGUAAGGAUCCUCGCACCUGCGACCGCAUCUUGACUUUAGCGUCUGGCACCGUCUACAGGAUCUCCUUUCUGUGCAAGGACUUGUCCCGUCUGAGGAUCACGGCUGAAAAAGGCAUAAGCUGUGUUGAUCUUCGGUGGUGUCAGAGGAAGAUCUAUUCUCUUUCGGUGCCCAAGGCUAUUUUGCAAUUGCCGAUUCGGCUGCACAAGUUUAUUUGGAAGCUCUUGGCCCCCGGUCUGAUCAACAUAGAAGUUACGUCUCCGUCCUUGAAACUUCAGCAACAUGUCCCAGAGCAGAGGUGCAACAGGAGCUACAGUUACAGCAUUGUUAGUGCCACCCCAGAGGCGGAGCUGAAUGUUGGUGUAUUCUGUCCUGGUGGAUCCAUUGAAAAGAUUCAGAUGAGGAAUAAUAUCACCAUAACCUUAACAGCAUUUGGUAAAGGAUUCAUCAAUGAGUCUAACCAUCAAGAUUUGAAAAUGUCUUUUGUGCCACAUAUUAAAGAUGAGUGUUCUUUCACUGUGAGUCCAAAUUCAAAGGCCAGAGUUUACUUGCAGACUCCCAACGGGCGUUAUGGUUUACCUCCCUAUGUCUCCAUAUCCUGGUACGUCAUUGUGCCCAGCAAGCAAAUUGCCCGCCUUGGGUUCCACAAGGACCGCAUGGGUAUUGCUUGUGAGACAGGCCGUGCCUAUAUCAACAUAAAGGAGGAGACUUCGGGGGCAGAGGAGAUCGUGUGCCGUGAGGAUGAAGUUCUGCCUGAUCCCCGAAAUAUGAAUCACAACUUCUGGGUAAACAUCUCCAACUGUAAACCUGUGGACAAGAUGCAACUGACCUUGGAGUUCUGGGUGACUUUUGCUGACAAGCAGAUAGACCUAGGAAUCAUACUCGCUGUGGUAGCUGGGGCCGGAGUUCUUUUGGCUAUUGGACUGACUGUGUGCUGUGUUAAGAAGAAGAAGAAGAAAACCCAGAAUCCCAUGGUGGGAGUGUACAAUGCUAACGUGAAUACCCAGAUGCCUGGGAAAAAAAGCUUAUUCAGAAAAGGGAGGCAAAACAAUGAGUCUCAUGUCUAUGCAGUUAUUGAUGAUGGUAUGAUCUAUGGACACUUGCUGAAGGAGUCUAAUGGCUCAACUGCCCCAGAAGUUGAUGUGUACCGGCCUUUUGAUGGACGCAUUGGUAGCUUACCUCCUUCACCGCCUCCAUUCUCCUUCAGAAAAGACAUUAAAUGCUCUUCUAACACUGAGGAGGAAUCUCCACCUCUGAUGGACACAGACCAUGACACUUACACAUUUGCUCAUCAGAAAUUGGGGCAAUUAGAGGACAAUGGAGAUGCAAAUGAAAAGGAUAAGGGAGACACAAGUAUGCCCUUGCUGGAAAGAAAGAAACAGGAUGGUUUAGUGGAAUAAUUUUAUACCAGGUAUAGCAGUUUCCUGUGGAAACACAGGUGUAAGGAUAGCAGUCUAGGAGAAAAAAAAUACUGAAGAGGAGUGUUAUUUUUAAAUGUGUUUUGAUAUUGUGUUGUUUUGUGUGUGUGGUUUUGGUUCUUUUGUGUCAUUUUAUUUUUUUAAAUUUAGCUGUUGAUAGCUUUCAAUUUUAAAGUGAACAUCUAGCAAACUCAGUCAGGACAUUCCAGGACUGCGUGCACUUCUGGUUGUGAAACAGGUGCCAAAGGUACACUUCUGCUUUUUACUAAAAAGGCAUCAGGAAAUUUAAUUCCUAACUGCCAGCUUAAAACUGGGGCCAUUAGUAGGGGGGAGAGUGUUCUGUCCAGUAUUUCCUCCUCUCAAAGUCAUCUGUUUGAGUGUUGGUUGGUGACUCUUAGAAGAUGCAGGCUGCAUCACUGUCUCAAGGCAGCUCCAGGUUGCACACAUCUAAGCAAUCUGCUAAUAUCUGAGCACAUGUGGGGACACUGUCCUU